UGUCAGGCAUGGACAACAUGGACCGAGGUUUCUUCCGGAAGGUGGAUGUGCCAGACCACGCUCAUUACAUCGUGGCCUGCUUUGUCGUGGUGAUUGGAGCAGUAGGGGUCGGUGGGAACGCCCUGGUGAUGUACGCCUUCUUCAGUAACAAGAAGCUUCGGACGCCUCCCAACUAUUUCAUCAUGAACCUGGCAGUGAGUGACUUCCUCAUGGCCGUCACACAGUCCCCCAUUUUCUUUGUCAACUGUCUCUACAAGGAGUGGGUGUUUGGAGAAACAGGCUGUAAGAUGUACGCCUUCUGUGGGGCCUUAUUUGGGAUCACCUCCAUGAUCAACCUGCUGGCUAUCUCCAUUGACCGCUACAUCGUCAUCACCAAGCCCCUGCAGGCCCUCCACUGGACCUCUAAACGCCGCACCUCCGUCGUCAUCGUCAUAGUCUGGCUCUACUCGUUGGCCUGGAGCCUGGCGCCUCUCCUGGGGUGGAGUUCCUAUAUCCCGGAGGGCCUGAUGACAUCCUGUACGUGGGAUUAUGUGACCUCCACACCAGCCAAUAGGAGCUACACUCUAAUGCUAUGCGUCUUUGUGUUCUUCAUCCCUCUGGGUAUCAUCUCUUACUGCUACCUCUGCAUGUUCCUGGCAAUACGCACCGGUAGUAGAGACAUGGAGAAGCUGGGCAGUCAGGUAAGGAAGUCCACCCUGAUCCAGCAGCAGUCCAUCAAGACUGAGUGGAAGCUGGCCAAGAUUGCCUUUGUAGUCAUCAUCGUGUAUGUGAUGUCCUGGUCUCCCUACGCCUGCGUCACCCUCAUCGCCUGGGCUGGCUAUGGAAGUGCCCUCAGUCCCUACUCCAAGGCCGUCCCUGCUGUCAUAGCCAAAGCCUCAGCCAUCUAUAACCCCUUCAUCUAUGCCAUCAUCCACUCCAAAUACCGAGACACUCUGGCAGAGAAGGUUCCCUGUCUGCACUGCCUGGCCCAGACCCCUAGGAAGGACUUUAUCUCUGUGUCCAACAGUGAGUGCUCCUUCAGGGACUCCAUGCUCAGCAGACAGUCCUCCACCUCCAGGACAAAGUUCCAUAGAGUGUCCUCUAUGUCCACCGGAGACACAAUAAGGAGUGAUGUCGAGCUGGACCCCAUGGACCAGCAGGGCCAGUCUCUGAGAAUCAGCCACUCCUCUGGAGCUCUGAGGGUGAAGGAGUGCAGACAGUCAUCCCAGCAGCGGGCCAAGAUAAGGAACAGCAACAGUCAGGAAAAGGUAAGGUUGGAGGGCUCACUGAGCAGCUGUGACCACGACCUGGUGUCUGAAUCUGUCAACAUGGCCACCGUGCUCCUCCUUAUGACCAGAGAGGAGGCUGGAGAGGGGUGGCAGGAGGAGAACAAGGAGAAGACCCAGGACAGAGUCCCCCAGUCAGCCCUUGAGGUGGAGCCAGCCUCAACCCCUAGGAUCCCCAGGACCCUGAUCCACAACAAACACAGACACUCUAAUGUUUCCCAGAUCAUCAUCAUCCCCUCGUCAGAGACGACGGGGGACUAUAAGGGGGAGGAGCAUGGAGCACAGUCCCGUGAGAAGAACUUGCUACUGGGCCUGCAGAGUUUAAACUGCUCCACUGAACUGCUGGAGUCGGUAGAGAAAUUCCUCUCCUGAAACACCCCUGUUGAGUCUGUCUGAAGGUUUUGUGGUGUAUGCAUGAUGUGUGGAUGUGUUACUGUCACAUUACUGUACAAUACAUACAAGCAAGUGAGGAGAGCAAGUGAGGAUUGUUAUGGUCCAAGGAGGUUACAGAUACACUAACUGAAAACUGUCAAUUAUAUGCACAUUUUGGGUAUUAUCAACAGUAAAAUAAUCCGAAACAUUUUUCUGCAACAUACCGUAAAUUGUGGUGCAUUGUGGGAAAAUGUUGUGGCAGGGAAAGAGUUGCUGUAUUGCGAAUGGUACUGUAAUUCCACCCCACAGAAUACAGUACCGUACAGUAUCUUUGGAGCGUUCCAUCUGUACAAAAAACCUUUUGACCACUAGUGGGUGCACAGCACUGCUGUUUCUGUCUCAUUAACAUAUUUUGAGGUGUGCCUUGUAAAAAUAUAUUUUUGUUGCACCCGUGAGUGAGAAUGCUGCACCAAUUUAACUCAUAUGUGGUUAUAGUGUCCCUACAACUUGUACA